AUGCAGUCCAGAAAGCAGCUGCCGAUAACGAACGCUGUGAUUCACCCGGUGGUACUUUUGGGUAUCGUCGAUCACUAUAACAGAGCGUGCAAGAACACACGGAAACGGGCGGUGGGCAUUCUUCUGGGCACAAUCGACAGGCGGGGCCACGCGGAAGUGCUGAACUCUUUCGCUGUGCCUUUCGAGGAAGAUGAACGCAAUCCUACAGUCUUCUUUUUCGACCACGAUUAUGUGGAGAAUAUGGCAGCCAUGUUUCGGAAAGUCACCGCGAGAGAGCGAAUCAUCGGCUGGUAUUCAACAGGGCCACAAAUCCGCCCUGCAGACAUGGGUGUGCACGAGAUCGUUCAAGGUUUCUGCAGCAGCGGUCACGCACUCUAUGUAAUAUGCCAGGUGGAUCCCAAGGAAACCGGUCUGCCGACCGAGGCAUACGUGUCUCUCGAGGAGGACAGUGUUGCGCUGGAGGGGAGCGCACCCGGUCAGCCGCGCCGAAUAUUCGAGCACGUGCCGAACAGCAUCGGCGCGUUGGAGGCAGAGGAGGUGGGUACCGAGCACCUGCUGCGCGACGUGCGAAACUGGUCGGUGUCAACGUUGACCGGAGAGGUGCGCGCAAAGCUGGAUGCAUUGCAAAGUUUGCGUGCACGCCUCGAAAACAUCCGGCGAUACCUGGAGGAGGUCGCCUCUGGAAAUCUCCCGUUGCACCAGGAAAUUCUGCAUGCUCUGCAGUUGGUCUUGAAAGGAUUGCCUCGAAACGCUGCCAGCUCUGAGCUGACGCAGGCGUUUGCGGUUUGCAGUAACGAACAGACCCUGUUGAUUUACGUGGCAACGCUGUUGCGAUCGGUGCUGGUGCUUCACGAUCUGGUGAAUAACAAGACCGAGCUUCUGGAAACUGAACGCAAAAUGGAAGUUGCGUUUUCGAACGCAACAACAGCGAUGGAUGCUCCUGGUUCACCGACUGUGGCGGAUAGCCUGUGA